AUGGCCUUGUCGGAAUUGGGCGAAGGGGCGGGACAAAAAGUCUACUUGGCAGCAGCUCCUCAAUGUCCAUUCCAAAAUAAUUAUUACUUUUUGCAUGAAGCCAUAAACACCGGCCUUUUCGACUACGUCUGGGUGCAGUUCUACAACAAUCCUCCCUGUCAGUACAGCGGCGGCGCCACCAGUCAUUUGAACUCUUGGAACAACGAAUGGUCAAACAUUCCCACCGGAAAACUAUUUCUGGGAUUGCCUGCAGCGCCGGAAGCAGCCCCCAGCGGUGGCUACAUUGAGCCUGAUAACCUUAUUUCUGAAGUUCUCCCGGUGAUCAAGGCUACACCCAUAUACGGAGGCGUAAUGCUCUGGUCUAAAUUCUUUGACAAAGACUACAACUACAGCUCCAAGAUCAAGCCUUAUGUCUCUAUGAUUACUCAAAACUAUGACGUCAUCUAGCUAAAUACUAAAUGUUUGAGAUCAGAUCGAACAUAAUAUAAUAUUGUACUAGCUAGCUUCCACUUCUACUUAUGAAUUAUAUAUGAUGCAUCCAUCACAUCAUAUAAUAAUAAAUAAAAUGCAUCUAUAAUAAAGCUAGCUAGCUUUAUUUUGUUGUUAA